GCGGGAUGAAACAGACAAGAUCCACAUCAGAGAUGACUCUUCACUAUCCCAGUUUAAGGUUGGAAGGGCUCGCAUGGUUUGCACGGUUCGCUUUGCUGAUCUGUUCGAUCGAGCAUUGCAAUCUCCGUGGGCCUAUGCGUUCGUUGUUGUCUUGGCUCAGGGAUUUUUGUCCAGUGUCUACCUAAAGGCAAACAAUGGAUGCACCAAUCGUAGCUGGAUUUUUGUCUCCAAUUGGGAGUUGAUCAUGAGCCCUUGCUUUGCUGUUCACUCAUUGAGGAUCGUCAGACUUCAUUCCAACCCCUUCUCCUUCAAACUUCCAGCUCGUUAGACAAUACAAAGUCGUCCCAAAAACGCGGGUUUUGCAAUGCAAGGGAUUGGGUUGUCGUCAGCUGUUUCAAGAAAUAGCCCAAGGUUUCUGCAUCUUGAAAGCAAAACUAUUGGAGAA